CAAAGAGUGUUUGAUACAAGUACGCCCACAGAGAUGGCAGAUGACUCCACCCCAACUCCAGUACAAUCGAUCACGAAGAAACAACUAGAAGAUAAAGAGAUGGCCUUCUCACAAAAUGAGUGUGAGCAAUUCUUCAGACGUCUCUCUAGGGAGAGUCUUUGUACUGACUGGGAAAAGGUAGCAACGCAUUGUGGAUUACCGUCUGGUGAAAUUGAGAUCAUCAAACAUGAUUAUUCCAAACUGGAGGAGAGAUCAUUCCAAUUUCUGGUCAACCUGAGGCAAAAAUUUCCUGAUCUGACUAUUUGGUCGGGGAAAUUAUGUAAAGCUCUUCGUCAAGAAGGAAGGAACGACUUGGUGGCACGUCUGGAAGAGUUCACAUCACGAGGUUUGUAAAUAAAAGGAGACGCCAUUUUGUUAAUGUUCAUUAUCACAAUUUGUUAUCCAAGUUCAUGGCAGUCAAAGACCAUUUUCCACAUAAAAACUAUAGUAAGGUUGAGGAGAAACUACUAGCUAACUGGGUGAAGUUUAUCCUUUACAAUUGGGAAGUUUCAUUAUGUUUGGCAAUGGAUGAAAAGAAUUGUGGCCUUUCUUAGUAUCCAGCAAGUAAGAUCAGAAUUAGAAAACAAACUCAAGAAUACGGAAUGGCUGCUUUGUAAUCACUGCUAUUACAAGUGCUCAAUGUGUAACCUGCUGGUACUGAUGAUUUUCAACAUAAAUGUUGGCUCAGUUCUUACA